UGUACACGGCAGAGCUGGAGACCAAGUGCCAGGCGGGGAAACUCCUGGAGCAGAUCCUGGUGGCAGAAAACAGGGAUCGGAUCGCUCGGAUUGGUCUGGGAGUGAUUCUGAACUUAGCCAAGGAGCGAGAUGUUCCUCAGCUGGCGCAGAGCGUCUCUGGCAUCCUGGAGCACAUGUUCAAACACACCGAGGAGACCUGUUUCCAGCUCAUCUCUGAUGGAGGCCUGGAUGCUAUCCUCUACUGGUGCCGCUGGACGGACCCCAUCGUGCUACGGCACUGUGCCAUGGCCUUGGCGAACUGUGCCAUGUAUGGAGGGCAGGCCAACCAGCGCCUGAUGAUCGAGAAGAGGACAGCGGAGUGGCUUUUCCCACUGGUGUUCUCAAGAGACGAUGAUCUAAUCCGCCUGCACGCGUGCCUGGCCAUCACGGUGCUGGCCACUAACAAAGAAAUCGAGAAGGAGGUGGAGCGCUCAGGGACGCUGGCUCUGGUGGAGCCAUUCAUCGCCUCGCUGGAUCCGGAGCAGUUUGCCUGUGAGAUGUUGGGCAGCAGCGACAACAGCCAGGGGAGGACGGCAGAUGACCUGCAGCGGCUGGUACCCUUGCUGGACAGCUCGCGGCUGGAAGCGCAGUGCAUUGCUGCCUUCUACCUCUGCACGGAGGCUGCCAUCAAAACCAGGCAGAAGAAAACAAAGAUUUUCAGUGAGAUUGGGGCUACGCAGAGCCUGAAGAGGAUAGUGUGCUACUCCACCAGCAGCACCACCUCCUCCCUGGCCAAAAAGGUGCUGCGCAUGAUAGGGGAGGAGGUUCCUCGGCGCAUCCUGCCCACAGUUCCCAACUGGAAGCCCUGUGAGGUGCAGACGUGGCUGCAGCAGAUUGGAUUCAACAAAUACUGCCAGACCUUCUUGGACCAUCAGGUGGAUGGGGAUAUUCUCCUGAGACUGACGGAGGAGGAGCUGCAGGAGGAUUUGGGGAUGGACUCCAGCAUCACUCGGAAGAGGUUUUUCCGGGAGCUGACAGAGCUGAAGACCUUCACAAACUAUUCCACCUGCGACCGCAGCAACCUGGCCGACUGGCUGGGCGGCAUCGACCCCAAGUUUCGUCAGUACACGUACAACCUGCUGACAUGCGGCAUCAACCGCAACUUCUUGCACCGGGUGACGGAGCAGCAGCUGCAGGAGGACUGUCACAUCAACACGGGCUUCCACCGCGUCCGCAUCCUCACUGCUGCAAGGGAAAUGCUUCACUCCCCUAUAACGCUGCAAACCGCAUCUGAUGGGACUGAUGUAUUUAUCAGCUACCGGAGGAGCACCGGGUCGCAGCUGGCCAGCCUGCUGAAGGUCCACCUGCAGCUGCAUGGCUUCAGCGUGUUCAUCGAUGUGGAGAAGCUGGAGGCUGGGAAGUUCGAGGACAAGCUGAUCCAAAGCGUCAUGAGCGCCCGCAAUUUUGUGCUGGUCCUCUCGCCAAAUGCACUGGAUAAAUGCAUGGGAGACCCCGAGUGCAAGGACUGGGUGCACAAGGAGAUUGUGACAGCCCUGAACUCUGGAAAGAACAUUGUACCUGUUACAGACCAUUUUGAGUGGCCGGACCCAGAAACACUUCCCAAGGACAUGAGGGCUGUCCUGAAAUUUAAUGGUAUCAAGUGGUCCCACGAGUACCAGGAGGCCACGAUUGACAAAAUCAUCCGCUUUCUCCAGGGCCGUUCGUCCCGGGACUCCUCGGCUGGGUCGGAGAACGGCCUGGACUGCUUGCCCUCCCUGGGGCAGAGCUAG